UGCCCCCCUGUUUUUGGCAGGAGAAGGAGAUGGAGAAGCAGAAGCUGCUGUCUCAGCAGGCCCGGCUGCACACGCGGGGGGCGGCCGAGAUGGUGCUGCAGAUGAUCAGCGCCUGCAAGGGCGAGCGGGGGGCCAUGGUCUCCUCCACCCUCAAGUUGGGCAUCUCCAUCCUCAACGGGGGCAACGCCGACGUGCAGCAGAAAAUGCUGGAGUACCUGAAGGCCAAGCGCGAGGUCGGAUUUUUCCAGAGUGUCCAGGCCCUGAUGCAAACCUGCAG